AUGCCACCAAGGAGACCCCGAAUAAAUUGUGCCCCAACCCCUGAGGAAGAACAAAGUGAGAAUGCACAUACCCAACAACCAAGACAAAAAGACAACCCUGAAGGAGAACCCCGUAGAAAUGACAAUGACCCUGCAGCAAUUCUACUCGAGUUUCUACGACAACACACUCAGAACCCUCCAUGUGAGCCGAGAGCACCCCCGAAAAGACAGCCUAACCCUACUGUCACUUUCAAAUCUUUCAAGACACUGAAUCUCCCUGAAUUUAACGGAACUACUGACCCUGUAGAGGCCCGAGUGUGGCUUAAAGAAAUUGAGAAUUACUUUGAAAUAGUAGGAGUGGAGGAAGAAAAGAAGACGAUAUUUGUGGGUUUUAUGUUCAGGGUUGAAGCCAACUACUGGUGGGAAGCAAAGAGAGGAAUGGAAGGCACGACAACAAUACCGUGGGACCGAUUCACUCAUCUAUUACUUGAAAAGUAUUACCCGAAGCACUUGGAGAUUAAGUUUUUGGAACUAAAGCAAGGAAAUAUGACAGUGGCAGAAUAUGAGAAUAAGUUUUCGGAGCUUUCUCGAUUUGUACCUCAUUUGGUAGACAGAGAAGAAAAUAGAUCAUGGCGAUUCCAACAAGGGCUAAAGCCCUGGAUUCGGAAUAGGGUGGCGAUACUAGAGAUUACUAGUUAUGCUACUAUGGUACAAAAAGCAACAAUUGUGGAAAAUAGAACCGAGCUGUACUCCAAAGAUAAAGGUGGAACAAAGAGAAAGUUUUCAGGAGAAAAUGAAGGUAGUGGAAGGAGAUUUGAUGGUAAUAAAGAGAAGAAAGUGUUUGUGAAGAGAGACAACCAAGGGUAA